AUAUAUAUAUAUAUAUAGGCCUCUUAGAUUCACCAUAUUUAUGCCCACUCCGGCCCCUGUCAACUGUGUUGCUAAAGUUACGAAUAUACCUGCAAUCUGUGGUCGCGACAAAUUCGUCGCAGGCAAUUGCUUCACUACAACCAAGGUAAAAAAAGGAUCGGGUCUUUUUGUUACAAGGCUAAAGAGAGGAGCUGCCUGAUUUGCUUUACGCUGUUGUUACCCUCGCCAACGUCGUCGCACCAGUGGCCUGCAACACGGGUGUUCCGAACAUUAUGCUAGACGGCCGCACGCGUCAAAAUUCCUGUCACCUGUUGGAGGGCGAAAGCUGUUAUGGAAAUGACGCUUGCAAACGUAAUUGGGUCUCCUGCUCAGCUGGAAUCCGCUCCCAAAGUGGUUUGCUUAUAAUUUAGAACGUCUUAAAGCAGAAUUAGAGUGAUUAUUGUUGCUACUAUUAUAUACACCUAUACAUACGUGUUUAUUGUUCUAUUAAUAUAGGCGGACAUUAUAGCAAACUAGAUGCUUGUCGAAGUGCAAAAUUUUAUCGUUAUGCAUAUAUUAGGCUGUGUGGGCCGUUUCUAGUUGUUCAGCAUUAGAUAAUAAGUUACCUACUUAUCGUGCAAACAGUAGUCGCUGUGACUUAGCGUAAAAAAUCUAGCAUAUACGGGAUAGGCUGUUCCGGCAACGGCUGAACAAAACGCUAUAAAAACUAGACGAUUCAUGCGAUUAAUGCCAUGCGGCGUUAGCUAUGGUCAGUAAGUUAAGAGAGAUGCUAAAUAACUGCGAACAAUAAUCGGAACAAGUUCUAGUUAAGUGCACUCCAAACAACAGCGAUUGGCUAGCUCUACGGUACGGCAUAUGAGUCAGUUAACAUGUGUUAGCUUUUACGAAAAGGCAUGUAUGUACAUUGAAUCAUCGAUAUUAGACUGCUACUGGAGUCAUUUACGUCACUGAGCCGAAAGUCUGUCUCCUGAAUCCCUUUACCCAAUCCACAGCAUCAAUUGCCUGUUAACGUACAACAACUCGCGAUGCAGAAUAAGGCAAUAUUUCAAUGGGUUGACAUGUUAACAAAUAUAACUUUAUAGAACAGGAGAGAAAGUUAUGUGUAGCAAAGAGCUUGUCCAGACACAUACACAUUUCUAAACAUAUGUGCACAUCUGCGCUUAUGUGCGCAAGUGCAGGGACGGGGCCGCCUUGUGGUGUGCGACUGCAGGCAAAGUCAUCUGGCCGACCAAGUCUUCAUGAACAGACAAAAAAAAAGAGGACAGGUUUGGUCAUUGCUCCCUGACUCGCCGCUGUGUCUUCAGCCUCUCGUUUGCGUGUUUCCGUUGUCUCUAUGUCCGGAGUUUUUCUGUGCUGGUGGUGACGGUCGAAGACAGCAAGCGUUCGGCUUGGAUUUGACACUUGACGCAGCACAGAGCUCAACGCUGCAGAGCGAUGGCAGCAGCUACUCUGUUCUCAGCGGCAGGACCAGCUUGGUUCACUUGGCUUUGUUGAAAUGGUACUGCCCUGGGUUUGUCGGUUUAACUGCUGUUUAUGAUGAUCAUGAUUAUGUUUGGGCCGAGCUGAGCCUUGUUCUUCUCGUCUUCGCCUUUAUCUGCUCCUUUUAUCCUUUCCUGGCGAUCCUUUAUGGCUGGCUGGCCGCUGUUUUAGUUGCGUUAUUCCGUCAGCGGCCCUCGUACAUCCGCCGCUGCGGCCGCUAUCGCUGCCUUUGCCAGCAGCGGCCGUAGCAUCGUUAUGUGCAGUUUUUCUACCCUCUCUAUCAACCUGCUCGGGCCCUGAUCUUGUUGCACGGACAGCAUCUGCGGCAACAGCUAAAGCUCCGCACCGCGAUAGCAUCGUCGUCCUGAAGUCGCUGACCUUAUCCAUCGUGCUGAGUUCUGAGGCGGCCAUUGGGUUACUGCUUGCUUGGUUGCCUGCUCUUUUCUUGGAUUCUUCAGCGUAGAGCCGCAGUCGCUAUUGGCGCAGCUACCACUACCGCAAUCGUCGGCAUUGUGCGCGUCUCUUGUGAGUAUACCUGUGUGUAGCUGUGUGGGUAGUAGGAUGGAAGACAAGCAAGGGCGUGCGUCUGGACGGAUGGACGGACGGACGGACGGACGAACGAACGAACGAACGAACGGCCGGCCGGCCGGCCGAGCAGCAGCAGCAGUGACGGUGACGACGAUAACGAUUACGGCAGCUUCUCCUCUGCUCUCGCCUUGUUCAGGUUGCCCACUAGCAGACCGCAUCUUCCAUACGGCGAGCACACACACACACAUACACACACACACACACACACACACACACGCACGCACGCACGCACGCUAACAGAGACACACAGCAUAGCGCAUUGGCCUCUUCCGUCUCUCGUGAAGCUCCUCGCUCACUCACGAGCGUUUACUUUAUGUAGCAUACUAUACCCAGUAAGAUAACGCUUCAGAAGUUAGGGCACGACGCAUAAAGGAUUUAGUAGUCGUACGACUAAUAUUUGCAGGCGUCGCAUUAGGCUGGGUGGCUUGCUGGUUCUCCUCCUCCUACAAAGAUAGUCGUUUUAUUAGUACAAUACUAUUAUAGUAGAAGCAACAGCAGCUGUAUUAGAUAGACGUUCCUGGGGGCAGUAGGACUUUGUAGAGGCGGCUGCGACUCGUGUUGGGACAUGGGCACGGAAAUGUGAAUCUUCUGGGAACACACUACUAAGCGCUUCGUCUGCUUUUCUACUCAUCUGUCUGUGUAUUAUGCGUUUGCUGCACUGCGUUUCUGCGUGCUGGGUUGCGCCGUUUAAUGCGGGAGCUACAGCCGUAGCACGACCAGUCGGCUAUGGAUGGUCUUUGUGCGUCCGGCACCGGUCCCCGAAGCCUGUAUUUAGCAUGUACAGUAUAAUGCCUGUAUGAAUGUGUUAAGCGUUAUGUAGCAGUAUCGUAUUUUUACUAAAAGACCGACGACAAAGGGUUAACCAAAUAGGCAUAACCAAUUGCAAUCCGGUUCUCUGGACCAACGAUCGAACGCGACUUUGUUAGCCUGUAUACCCAACUGGGAGCUCCUCUGUUAGUCAAAGUUUUCUUAGACGAUCUCGUUCUAGCCCAGCUCUUCAUACUGGAGUCUAUCUGUUAGUCAGUCAGUCAUUGGCACACGCAUGUCAUGGCCCCAUGAACACUUCCUAGCCGUGGAGAACCUCUUUCUCUAUAUAUGUACACGUAUAUUCGCGGCGAUCUAUUUGAGCCUUUUUGUAUACGCGCUUUUGUCUAGCUAUUCGUAUGUGUGGCGUUCUUGAUUCUCUCUUACUCGUAGUAACUUGCGCAGCAAGCGAUUGUCUCCGCCAAUGACCCUUACUUAUGGCCUGUUUGCCGGCCAGUCCUGGCAUGCCUCUAUAUGGCAACGGAGUCCGUAGGGGUAAUAGUUACCUUGUCUCUGAGCUACGAACGGUCCUGCACUAUUCGCUUAGCACGGCAACAGUAUAAAUAGAGCCAGAGGGCGUCCAUUCGUCCAUCGCAUCUUGGUCGGUUUCUGCUGCUUCGCCUUCCGCUCCUGCCCCCUCUCUCUCUCUCUACAUCUGUCUGUCUGUGUUUGUUUGCUUGUUUCUCCGUCUAUAGCCCUAUCUAGUUAUCCGUCUAUCUAUCGGUUACUCCUACUGCCACGGCCACAAGCACAACAAAAACAACAACAAUAACGCCAACAAUUUUUAUAACUCGUCUGAUAGCGCUGAUGCGCUAUCGGUGUGACCGCCAACAUCGGCGUCAACGCUACGAUGAUUAUCAUGACAACCAUCAUCAGCAUCGUAAUCAACAACGACUAUACAAUCAUCAUCGCCAUCUUGUGUGAUCGUCGGGAUGCGCGCUGUGGCAAGCACAGCCGCAAGUGCCUGUGGACAACGACGGCCGUUGUCUGCUCUUGUUGAUACUGGUGUGCCAUCCAACAUCAUUCCACAGCCGCAGCAAAGCCGGGCGGACGGUCGGUCGGUCGGUCAGGCAGGCAGGCAGGCAAGCCUCCUUUUUCUGUUGUCUGCCCUGUUGACGUAGAUCGGCAGCUGCUGGGUGCCGCGAGCACCGGUUAUUGCCACGGCUCCCCAGCCAGCCAAGCCAACUCGACCCAGUCAGAGCGGCAGCGUUCGCUGAUUUGGUAGCGCCCGCCAGCGCCGCCACCAGCGCAGGCAACUAGCUCAUAGCGUCGUGAUAGGAGCAGUGAAAAAGACGAGCUCUCUCUCGCAGAACUGCGCUGUCCGUCCUCAGUUAGUCGUCGUCGUCGUAGUUCGGUGAGCGCUGUUAUUCCGCCGUUGCUACGGUGGCCGUGAGUUGCUGUGGCUGUCACAGUUUAGGCCAUAGAGUGGAAAGGGGAGGCUGUUUCAUCGAAGGGGACCCGACUGUCGAACCGAACAGCCAAGGGCCUACAACUAUCAGCAUCAUCAUGGCUUUUGCUGCUGCUGCUUCCAUUUUAUCCACCCACGGUGUCCCUGUAGCAGCGCAGGUCAACCCUCGCCGAUGACGUAGCCGCGGCAGUCGCUAGUUGUUGCUCUGUGCCUGGGUCUGCAUUGGCGUUCCCUAGUACGCCGCCUCAGCCGGUCGCUCACUUGACCAACCGACCAGCCGCUACCUCGACAGUCGACGGUCGUGGCUGGCUUGCGCCAAACGAUGAACAAAAAUAACAACGACAACGACGACUUACGUUUGGCAGCAGGAGCAAAGAUGGCAUUAGCGGCGUUUUCCGAAAACAGCAACAGCGCUUUGACUGGGCUUAUGCUGACUGCUUGUUGUUGUCUUCUGGUUGUGCCGGGUCGUCGUCGCGCAGCGGCGGCAACUACGCUGUCCUUUUUUUCUUUCAUAGUAGAGAUGCUGCUCCUGUUGUUACUGCUGCUCCUCGUUCUCUUCCGUUCAUUGCCUGUUUAUUCUUCUUUUUUUGGCUUGAUGGCGUGGUCGUGUGCUAAAGGCUGUGAGUAGUCGCGCUUGCUUCUCCCGUUCGGCGCUCCGCUUUGCCACUCACAGGCAACAGGCGAACAUUACAGGAAAGGAACGUAGACGAGACAGACGUUACUACUCCUACAGCGGUGGCGGUGGCAACGACGAUACAUUAACUUAUUGCAGUAUUAAACUGAACUGCAGAACAGGGCUGGUUUCUCUCUUUCUCGUUCGAACUGCCGCUACCCAGCUGCUGCUGCUGCUGCAGCCAGCCAGCCAGCCAGCCCCAGCUGAGCGCCAUUCUUCUAUCCUGAUCAUGUCUGACAACCGCCGGCUGGGUCGGAUUGGGUCGACUCUCCGCUUACUGCCUGGUCGUUUCGUUCGAUUAUGUGCUGUUGCUGCUGCUGCUCUUAAUGCAGCCGCCGCACAUAACCGGAGCAGAGAAGGAAAAGGAUUCGGCUGCGCUCCUGGUGCGCGGGCACUCACGGUGACGCGGCCUGGCCAGCAGCAGCCGCAGUGGUCGUCAAUGCCAACCGACUUGACUGGUUUAUCGUUCGUGACUUAGCCUACAACACUAGCGCCACCAUUACCAUCACUAAUAGCAGCAGGAAAGCCGGCGGCGUGCUUGGCGUGCUGCCGUGCCUUGCCCUUUCCUAUUCACUUGUAUUGCUCGAUCCUGCCCAUGCCUUAUUCCUGACUUCGUCGUGCACUCACUCUUGUCAGCGUCAUGGUGUUAACGCACCCCGUUAUGACUUCUGCUUGCCGUUGUAUGGUGGACUAACUGAAGUUUUGCUGUCUCGUCCUAGUGCUACCUGCCUGUCUGCUUAGCGUUUGCUGUUGCUGCUUUCUGGCUCUGCGUUUUUCAUCUCCUCCACGCACCGUCGCCAGGGGCGGCAGCAGCAGCAGCAGCAUCAGCCUCUCAAGUCUGGUACGCCCUGAAGUCGUUGCUUUUAUUGCUGUGGCCGCGGCCGCGCGAUUUUCCGACUGUCGUUCUUGUCUGUUUAUCUGUCUAUCGUGCAGUAGUUACCCUGUUCGGAGCGUUGAGCUAUGGCUGUCGCGACGGCCGUGAAAACGCCGGCGGCAGUAGCACCACUCACUGUUAUUGCUUCAAACAGAAGCGGGCAGUGACAGAGUCAGAUACGGGAAGCCCAUCGGCAAAAUAGCGGCAAUCGUUGGACGAACGGACGAGUUUCGUGGGGACUUCGCCCGUCCAUUCGCCUCCGGUCGCUUUUUGCAGGAGAAAAAACAAGUAGGCGCUUGUGCAUUGACGCCGUCCCUGUAGCUGUUAUUUAGUGAAAAUAUAUUAAGGCGAGAAACAGUAUGCAUAGACAGCACUGUAGAAUAGCGUAGCUUGGCAUUAGCAUACGUCUACGUUGCUGCAAAUGCACUCGUGAUCUAACAUGAAGUCGCUGGUGUAUUCGUAUUAUACAUGUAUACAUAGGCAGGCAACUUGAAACCAGAAGCAGCCGCACUUACUUUGAUGGCUGCCGCAUCAGCAUUGCCUCUUACAACGUAACCACGAACACUUCCAAGUUCCCCUUGAGGUUUGUAGAUGCGUUUCCAAUAUACCAUGCACAACGCAGCUUUAUGUGGCCAGCCAGCUCUCAGCUUAGCUCAGCGCCCCCGGCUGGAUCAACGUCACUCGACGCCACUCGUUCAGCAUCCCCACUGAUGUUGAGUAUGAAGACGGAUGUUAGUAUCUGCUGCUGUUGCUGCAGCUGUUACCGCCAUUGAAGUUGUUGUUGGUCCAUCCGGAACGCUAUCCACAUAGUAGAGAACCCAUGCUGCGGCUGCUGCUGCUGUUGCUACCACCAGCAGCAGAAGCAACUAGCUGUCGGAGUGAAUGCCAAGGAGCGCGCUGGUUCGCAGCGAGGUUAGGCCAAUGUCCUCAAUAGCUGCAGUUUCAUGCCAGCAUCUAUGCCACCGGUGGCACGUCUAGUACCACCGGUGGCAUAGAUGCUGGCGUUGAGUUGCUUACCGCUGCGUUUCCUUCGGCCAUUGCAAUUCUUAUGUCGGACGCUCAUACGCCAAACACACACACAACCUCCAAACAACAGCCGAACAGGUAUUCGUUGUAUCCGGAGUAGCUGCACUUGUACUACUGUGGACAAACAACAACAAUGAUAUAUGUAGCAACAGGCCGUUUUGGAAAUGGCAGCGGCGAGCACGAUGUCAUCGGCGUAGCAGAUCAUAGUUUGUUAGUCAGUGCGGCAGAAGUCGCUCUGUCAGGCGUCCUAUAACAGCCAGCGGAUAGGGCACCGAACCGACAACAACUAAACUAGCUCUAAACAGAAGAAUCGAAACAAGGCAGUCACUCGAAAAAUUAUAGCAAAAAGAGAGGAAAAAACUAAACGAACGAAUGAUGCAAGCCGCCAGAUAGGUAAGGGGAUCCUCGAUAAAUUACCAAGCGGGGAAAAGAAACAGCAGUGGUGAGGAGAAAGGAUCAUUAAGCCAUCGGCCACUAUCCCCUGAAAAACAUAAGGGCCGAAGAACUCCAUGUCGUAUCGGUGCAUGAAUGUGGUAACUUUCUCUUAACAAGAGAUACGACGUGGGAGAUGUACAAGGGUUGCGGGAAAACGCUAAAUAUUGGCUCGAGCAACAUGAGGACAACUCGAGGGGUCACUUCAAUCGGAAACCUGAACGCGGGACAAUUGUUGGCGUCUUUCAUCAAAGUAGACUAGGCAUUACAGAAGAAUGCAAGCUGCAAUAACCCACAGAGUUUGCCGUCGAUUUUUAGUAAGAGUCAACAAUUGUUCUCUUUGCUGGCAAGAGAGCGAGGGUGCUUGUUGUAUACGACGAGAUCCCUAUUGCCGUUGGAGCCUGCUGUGCGUAAAGACGAUGAGGAAGCGAAGCGAAGCGAAGCCCCAAGUACGAAGGGACAAAAGGUAAAUAAGCCUGUGUGAUGCGGGAUCAGCAGGAAAUUGUCGGACAAUACCAUGAGUGUACGUAGCAUAGAGCAGUUUACUUAUACCCCGAGUCGAGGAGGCUGUCUUGCCUUCCAUUUAUUAAAUCUUUACGGCUUGAUUAGCACAUUGGUAUUAGCAUCCAAUCCCAUUUCAACCUCUGCUUUUUCAUGGUGCUUAAAAGAGGAACAGGACCGGUGCACGAGGACAAAAAAGCGUCAUCGCGCCAAUAAUUGACCACGUCAACUUCCGAAGGCUGCCAGUUAUAGACAAAUUGCCAGAAACGAAAGUCGAGAGCGAAGACCACCGGACCAGCAUUGUUAUCACCUCCACUGUCAUUAACGCCAGCAACACCACCACCACCCUCGUCGUCGCCGCUGCCGCCGCUGUCAACGACGAUGACGAUGACGAUGACGGUGGCCGCACGACCAAGGUAACCAGCGGCGAGCGAAGAUAAACUUCGCUAAUGUUACUAUUCAUUGUACCCUUGCGGGAAUCGCCACCGACGAGAAGUUGCAGCUGCUGUUAUUAGUCGUGCUGAUGACGGUGCCUCGACAGUGUCACACUGCCGCCCAUCGAAGCAUCAUCCUUCGGACGAUCACGAACGAGAUCUGUCCAACGGAUCUGUAAACUAACAUCGACAGCUCAUAUUCUGCCACUUGAAUAAUAAUCACAGUAGUAGCGAUCUGAUCGGUGGCCACUCGGUUGUCGAUGCCGCUCGGGCCGCUAAGUCGGAAGCAUCGUCGCGGCACUAGCCGUGGAAGUCACUGCAUCAGUGUUACUAUGUGUGUGCUCUCUACGUGGUGCGCGUCUGCCUGUACACCGACUUGGCUGUCCCUUUUCCUAUCAACGGUUGCAGAGCUAAUGUAUAACUCCCGUGCUAACCGCGCAAGUGAUGAUCCUUGAUUCUGCAGCAGGGCGGAGGUGGCCGAGGGUACAACGGCUGUAUAUGCGCCAGUUGUUGUCGUCGUCAAUGCGGUGGCGGUAUGCGCAGCAGUUCAAAUAGUGCUGCUCACGAGCCCAGCUCGGCUGUCCGACUGGCUGUGGCUCGGAAGGUGGAGAGGAGGAAUAGCAGUGAGGAAUCGAAAUACUGCGCACUUACGAGCGUUAGCCGCUGUUCAUAGCGAAGGUGGCGGUUGCGAGCAACAACGACAGGUCGUCGCUCGUGUUGCCCGUCGCGGGGACGGGGAGAUAAGGCCAUAGUAACGAUGAUGGUGAUGCUCAUGCUGACGAUGAUCGUGAUGGUAAACCAUCGGUAACCAGCGGCCUAACAUCUAAAGCGGGUGACAACGACGCAUAUACGAGCAGCAGCGAUCGUUGGCCAGUGAGAAAGAGGACGGGCGCGUACGAGCAGCGGACAUCAUCACACUGAAUUGGAAGGAAGGAUAUCGUACCGUGCCGCCCGCACAUACGACUGCAUUGCCAUCGCCGCCGCCAGCGGCGCCGCUGUCGCCAGCAUUUGAUUGGGUGUCUAUCGUCUGUCUUCCAUUUAUCUAACGUUGAGUUGGCCUGGACCGGCCGGGCUGUGUGCGAAACGUUAGGCUGAGGAAAGGGACGGACCACCAAGGAAAAGGGCACACCGUCAACGAACAACAACGACGACGGCAACAACGACAUGCAACGACCUGUCAUUAUAACAAUACCGAAGUGGCAGAGUACAAGACGGAUAGUCGCAUUACAAUUACAUAUAAAAUAUUAUCGUUGUAAGUAUAGAUCAAGAGGGUAUUUUAGUAAUAAGGUCAGCAUAGAUGAAAUUCAGCAGAUUCCGUUGACCGCACGCAAGCUUAUUAUCUUUCUGUGGACUGGAAAGAUCAAACUUACAGUAUCAUCAUAUUCAAAUGCACACAUAUGCAUGUGCCGUGUGUGUGCGUCGAUUUACGUAUGACGUUCAGUCAAGCCCAUUACCCAUCGCAGGCUGAUAUCGUGAUAUUGUGUGAGAUUUAGUGCCUGCCGACUGAUAUAUUUGUGUUUGUGUGUGUAUGUAUGCGUGCGUGCGUGUGUGUGUGUGUGUAUGUGCAUCAUGGGAAGUUUCCGAAGCUUUUUCUACGUCAGAGGCUACGCUCGCUGGAAGCUCAUUGGAACGCAUGAAGCUCGCUGGAAACGCAAUUGUUUUCGCAGUGGGACUCUUAGGCGUGCCCAUUUGUACGUAUAUUUACAGUCCUAAAAGUGCAGCGAUAUGCGACUAUACCACUAGUACUAGCUGCUGAUUGCAAGCCGGGUACAACCACGGGCUACAAUAGAUCAGUUCAUAAUCAAGAAUUUACGUUUCGUUAAGCAAAGGAAGAUCGACGAGUUUAGAAUCAGGUUUAUUGGAGUACCAGGUGCUUCGAUAUAAGGUACCGCUGCUGCUGUCGCUGGUUGAUUGAUUAGCAAGUUAUUGGGUGAAUAGAGUAAUGGACAGAAUAAACACGAGUGUAACACCACCACCGUUAUCGGCGGCGGCAGUGGUGAUAGCCAGUUUUCUAUGUAAUGCCGAGUUUGCAGUAGUCUGAAUAAUCAGCUAGGCGCUAUGACAACGUAACUACACACGAUUGGCUUCACAGUUGAAAGUAUGCGAACAGAGAAAAGUAAAGUGAGAGAAAAUUUGCAGCGGCAGUGCUUAGUUGAGUGAGAAAAACGCCUCUCGGCGUCAUGCGACGUGACCCGUCCCGGAGAACGGCGCUGAGUGAAAAUCCUUCAUGGGCUAGCUUGACUGAGUAGAGCAUCACAGUAUGAUCAUCCCAUCUCUGAGCAGUACGGCUGCGAUACUCGGUAUAGGGCGAUCGAUCUAUCGAGUUGAGCGGAAUGUGGUGCCAGAACGAGGAAAUCGGAAGAUUGCUUCCGUUUCGCAGGCAGGCAGGCGUACAGGCACGCCGGAUGGAUUGCGCUAAAUAUCAGCGCAAUUAGGGAGAGGAUUAUGGCACCAGAGUGUACCAGUACAGAGGUACUAACUUCUCGACGGCAAUGACAAAUCGAGAAGGUAACGAUGGCGGCAUUGACGACUGACUUGGUUGCCAGAAUACGUGUGUCAUGCCCUUAUGUAUAUUCGUAGAACAAAAGGUGUGCAGGUAUAGGUGGAUUGCAGAUAUUGGAUAAUCGAGGACGGACCGCAGGACCAAAUUAAGGGCCAGUAGUACCAGUAGUUUUGUAGUAUCGGUGUAUACGUAUACCAGUUUCGUUUCACAGUGUUGUUUCGAUGGUUUUUUCUUUUCGGAAUAAAGGCCAGAGCCAGGAGGACAAAAGCGGUGCUCUCUUUGCAUCAUCUUGACUAGCUUCUAUACGAGUUAAGGAGGAAUCACUCUGCUUCGUCCUACAGGCGCGCCGAGAUCACCAGCAGAGCUGUAGAUAACUCACCUACCACUAUUAGCAGUUGUCAGUGAUGAAAACGUUAAGCGGUUUCAAAUAGUAGAUGGCGCAGGUUUAGCCCAUGUGGUGCUGUAACAGUAAUGUUUGACCGAAUGAACAAAACAGGAAUAAGGGCGAAGUCAGCUAAAAGGAGGCCAACAAAUGACAAGGAAAGCUGCGCAAAGCACUCUUGCAGCGUUUUGCUAGAAGCUGGGGCAGAACUACAAGAAGCGGCCGGGCACCAAGUAGAAGCCCAGGAGAACAUCUUAAAUGGAACAUGGUGAGCCGUGCAUCCGUCAGCUCCACCAUCUGGUUAUAAUCGUCGUCUUAAUAGCAGCUAUAAUUAACUGUAGGCGAGCAUUGACUGUAAAAGUUAGGUAAGCAGCUAGGCACGUCGUUGUUGUUUGGCCUGUGGUGGUAUACUUGCAAUAGCAGCAGUUGGUUUGCUCGCAGGAACCGCAAAAUGCGGGUAAGCAGAGGCAAAGAAUGAUAAGCGCGUCUAUGUGCAGCGCACCACGGCUGUCGAGAUGAUGAUGUCGACAACCGCGGUCUAAAUGAACGAAUGGGGCCGAGCCGGGAAUGUUGGAAGAAUGCACAAUGAACGAACAAGCCAGAAACUGAUGUUUCAGAACUACGAAUACAACCCAGACUAAGCCGUAGCUUCGAGUAAGAUGUUGGCGCAUAGGCAACGUGAUCUUAUAAUAGUAAAAACUGAUAAUAACGAGUGAAAGAACGCGCUUAGAAACAAUGAUUUCAAGCGGAUCACUUGCUUGUCGUCGGUGGAACAGUUUUUGAUAUCUAAUAUAAAUUCCACAGGGGAUUGUUCCAUAUCUGAAAUUAACCUAGGUGCGUUGCCUUGGGAAAAGGCUUAAAGGAGCAAAAACCGAUUUGGGCUUUAGAAAAUUCUGCAUUUGCUUCUUGACUUCGCCCUACCCACGUACAUUCCGUUGACCAUGAGCUUCUGGAAAAAAUAUCGGCGCGUGUCUAUUCGUGACAGCUGUAUUGUAUGACCACUGUUGACUCUUUCAGAGUGACAACAACAUCGAACAUCCCCGUUAUUCGUGUUGAAAGGAACUGAUUUCACUCAAUCGCGCACUCUGUAGUUAACUUUUCGUUACCUUACCUUUUGGUACCACCGUAAACAGUUGCUGAGUGUAAGGCUGAGAAACAAAUUGUGACGGGUCAAGAUAGCACCGCAGUCAAUCGACAGUCUGUUUGCGUUGGUAUGAGCUGAAGUAGUAACGGUUCACUGAUCGUUACUACUUCAGUUCAUCGUAGUCAAAUCAAACAGCACCUAAACCUACUCGAUAUAUCUCGCCUUGAAUGUUUUCCGUAUUGCCGAUGAUGAAAUGGCAUCAGGUCGUUAACUAAACUACAAGCACAUCAGGUUUUCAGAGUAAGAAUUGAGCAAGUAUAAAAACGAAGGUCUCGGAACAUGUAGGGUUGGACCGAACCCGCUUUAUAGAACGCGUUUCCCUAGUUUGGAAGGCAAAAAUGACCAUUAGAUCCUAGAGCUACGUAUUAAUCGACGUUCCAAAAAACCUCAAAGCCUGUCUGUGGUAAAUUGUUUUGUUUGUUUUAAUAAUAAGAAUAGCUACGCUAAUACAGUAUAAUACCAUUGAAUGUGUUUAAUGUAGGAAAGCUGAGCUGAUUGACCGUGAGUUAUUGAAACGAAUAUUGUGGUUACAUGUUGGCUUUAAAAAUAUAUGACCUGAUUAGCAGCCCUAAACGAUGUGAGCACGUGCAUGCAUAAGGCGAGACCUAUGUCGAAAACAAGAUCUUCUGUCGUCAGGUAGAGCGAAACGACACCAUAAAAACGAAGCCAAUGGAAAUUUCAAUCUGCCUGUUGGAGAAGUACAAUAACAAUACGAGUACUUCAGCGAAACCAGCGAAAUAGUAUUUAUAAAGGGAUGUAGCGAACUGGUACCGAUGAGAAACAGACGAAUUGUUUGCAACGCGGAGUCUCUGCGGCGGGACCAGCGGCCGCCACGCAUGAUUCGCGCAUCUAACAGAUCCUGUUGAAGAUUGUUCUAGUGUUGCCCAGUAGCAUUAAGCUAGUUGUGUAGGGUCAAUACAGAACCGAACCCAUCGUUGAGCCCCACAAACGCCGCCGCGGUGGACGCUGCUGCCAGUCGUUACCGGCCGAACUGUUGCAUGAGUACGUUCCUCGUUACUAGGCGGAACAGCGGUCGCAGUAGUACAUAGUACGAUACGCCAUCAGUAGUAGCGGGCCUAUGGGGCGUUAGUGCUGUGCUGUGAUGGCCAGAAGAGGCGAAAUGGCCCAGCGACGGACUUCUAACAUUAUUGCUGCGGCAGUGGCGACGGCGGCAGCGGCACUGGGAUGGAGUCACCAUGGCAACCGACGAGUGAGCGACUCACAGUAAACAAGCGGAUCAGAGGCGAUCCAGGCGCGAGCCGAAAGGCGAAAGAUGAAGGCUAAAUCGAUACCUGCCUUUUUGCCGCCACUAGCGGCACAACCCCUCCAGAUUUUGCGGUUCGGUUAUGCUACGGUGCAGUUCGGAGACGCGGCCUGGACCGGUCGAUGUUCGGUGCCGCGACGCUCAUGACAGAAGCAUUAUACUUGUUGAUGGUAAGGAUGGCUGUUGGCGGACGACGGCUAGACGACGCUUACUUGCUUGCUCGCUCGCUCGCUGGCUCGUUCGUGGGUUCCACUUAUUGCUUGUAGCUUGCUAGGUCGAUGAACCUGACAUCGCGAAGCCUCAUGCAGAGUAGCAACCCUGUGGUCGCGAUCGCGGUACUCUGUGUCCCUCACCGGCAUUUGGGUUGCUCCUGGCGACGGCCACAACGGCCGCUGCUGGUGCUACGAGGAUCGCACGGGAACGCCGACCGAGAAGGAUCUGCUGCUAUGAGCAGGAAGAAAAGAAUAACGCUGCUUUGGGUUCGUGGCGAUUUUGCAAAUGUAUGCAGAGCUGAAUAUUCGGGCACGCUGUUGGCAAAUAGUACACGAUGACAAACGCGUCGUCGUACCGCGUCCACAGCUCUGCUUGGGAUGGGAAAAUGCAAUGAGGGGGAAGCCGAGCUUGUUCUGUAGAAUAGAUGCCCAAACGGAGCAGAAAUAUUUCCAUCAGGAACCACCUUCGAAAUGAAGAUUUGAAAUGUCUACUAUAAUUUGCCGUUGAUCUACAAGUACAUUUCGCAUCGAAGAAACAAAGAUGUGUAAAGCUGCCAGUUCGAAGCUGGGUCAUUGUACGUGGAAUGCUAAAUAAAUUGAGAUUUAGAAUGGCAAUGAAUAUCUAACUGAAUAUAAAAACGCCUCACCAUAAUUGGUGGUACACGUCGGUACGUAUAUUGUAUGUGCGGUUGCGGGUCCAAUGUGCGUACAUUGUAUUUUUGGCAUUAUCUAUCAACUGUGAUGUCUCCGGCUGUUUCGGUGACUAAGAAACGAUUUGUUUGAAUAGUAGUGAUCCCACGGAAUGAAAGGAGAUCCGCAUACAAAUCUCCCUCGAUGACCGUUUUAGCCGUUAGCGCCCUCGACUUGAAGAUAUCUAUCUCUUGUGGCUAUUUUUUAUAAGGCUCUGCGCUAGUUGUCCUAGCAGUAAUUGCACGCAGUUCAGGUGCACUUCACCCUAAACCCUAAGGCGGUCCGCUUUUUAACCAGUCUCAUCAACGAGCAGGAGACCGUCGUCAUCGUCGUCACUCUAUUAUCAGGUUCCACGAAGUAGAGCGUAAAAACCCCGAAAGGGCGCCUGUCUUCUUUUGCUCUCUUUGAUCUUAUUCUUUUUUGUUCCGGAAACGGCAUGCUACUGUUAUUGCCAUUGGUGGCAUGUGACCUGACCUGACUGCAGAGUAUCCUCAACAGCGAUGCUAGGAUCAUCAGGGAGUCGCCCGCAAUAGCGAUUCCUUCGUAUCGUCUUUUCUAUGAGCGUCGGCUAAACCCUCUGCUAGCAUUCAUUGCCUGUUCACUGGUUGCCUGGUGAACACUAGGCGCCGCCAGGCGCUCCCUCUAUGGCGCUGCAUCUCACAACAAAUGAACCCAAUCGUAGAAACAAGCGUUCCAAAGCUUUCGGCCUUUUCGCCUCUUGUGCUACGAGCUUUGCAUUAUCGUGGACCAAGAACGGACUUACCGACCAACCAAUGCGUGGUAGACCAACAAAAUUGCCAUCAUCAACUUGAGCGUUGUCGCUGUUGUUGUCAUCAUCACCAUUAUCAUGAUGGGCUCGCAACGGUCGCGCUGUGCUUGUGCCACUUUGCUCGCCCUCCGUUUCCUAUGCGAAAAGGCUGGCCUGUCGAUCUCCUGUUGGGUUCACCAUAGAUGGGUCGAAUAAUCGUAGGACUGCAGUGGUUGCUGGUAACGUUAGCCCUAAUUGGUGACUGUUGUGUGCUGUUGUCAUUCGCGUAAGGAGCUCAACGGUACAGAAUCGAGACGGCGCCAGAAAAUCGCCAACUGUGGCGUAGUACUAGUCGUCGUACCGGCGAACACUGCUUGUGUGCCUGUCAGCUCUCUCACAGCGGGUUAGUGACCUGUGCUUACAGGCCACCGCUGGCUUUGCUACUGACUCUCAUCUGCACAGUCCAGCAGUCGACGACGACGACGAUGACGGCGGCGAUGAUGAUGAUGAUGACGACGAUGAUGACGAUGACGAGCUACGCUGACACGCACCAGGCACAGGUAACAGGGAACAGCCACCAACCCCACGGGUCACACUCGUCGCCAAUACCAGAAGCAGCAGCCGCUACGGCGGCGGCCACAAGAUGUCGUCGUUGUAACAGCCGUAGCUCCCUGCAAAGAGGGCUCCUUCCGCGAAUGGACAACCGUCACCAUCAGUGGGCAACUGGAGAGUAGGAGAGCUCAGAAUGGCCAAGAGAGAAGACAGAGAAUAUCUACUGUCGCUGCGUGCUGGCAACGACCGAGGCAGAGUCACAGCCGAAGCCGCUACUGCUGCGUCGAGUCAUCAAAUCAGCACAAUCAUCAUCACAAUGACUCUGUAUAUAUACAUAUAUAUAUAUAUAUAUAUAAAUAUUAGACUUGGGGAAAAGGAAAUGGUCGUGGCGGUAGAGGAAGAAUCCGAGAGAAAAAAAACUGGUGCAAAACGCACGACCGCAACGAAGAUAGCAGUCACUGCCAAGCCUGUUUAGGUCUUAGUCCAGACGAUGGGCAUCCAGCGCGGGGUGCGUCUCUGCUGCGUUAUUGUUGUUGUUCGUGAGAGAAAGGAGUAACUUGACGAUGAAUAAGCGGCUACGGCGAGGGCGGUGGAAAGAAAUAGAACUGAAUAGGAAAGCUGAACUGAACUCGACGCAGUUUUCCGUAUUUAAUAUCCUUGUUUGAGUAUGAGUCGGGUUGGUUUUAAAAGAAAAUUAAAUGCUGAAUAUCUCUGUUGGAAGCAUCCCGUUGCGGCUGGUACAGCGGCUAUUGGCAUUAGGAUAUGGAACUAACUAGGUUUCAUUUACCGGUAUACACCAUCGUUUGUUCCAUUGACAGUAGCCAUCGAUGACGAGACCUCUUCUAUAGACAUAUUAUUGUAUCGUGAAUGAGGAACGCCGAAGUGUCUUGCAAUGAUACCAACGAGGCGGCUUUGCAGGUUAGAUAAACGGGUUAGUGUAUUAUCGAUGUAUUUGUGUAAAUUAUCCGUUCAUAAUGAAAUUCCAUAAUGUUCGCCACAACGGCCGGCUAAAGGUCCGUGCUUGGGUCAUAUGGUGCUGGCUACUUGACGUUACACUUUACGAUGCCUAAUAUGCUUCUUAGGAACUGAUACUUAUCCGAUUCUGCAACAGGCGAGUUACCAAGAUAACAGCUACUGCUGAACACGGCCGCUGCCUUAUUACAUUUUUAUCUCUAUUAAAACGACGAUAACGUAUUCUCGAAUCGGUUACCUGAUGCUGCGUCCUUUCACAGGUGCGCUAUUGCGUCGAGCGAUACAAUCAUCAUUGUGAGCAUUUGAUUUCAUAGCGAUACAGCCCCGUCUUGUGGGUCGCUGGCAUCUACUAGCCUGAAAAUUGACCGUUCGCUUGUAACACGGUCCGUUGAGCUCAUAUACUGUUCGUUAUACUCGUAGUGUCCAACGGAAAAAGCGUUUACGUUGUUGUGUUAUGUUGAGUCCUUCACGUGUUGCAGUAUCAUUAUUUCAGGCGUACUGCCAACCUGGAAUUGUUUCAGGUGUGAAUUUGUUGCAAGCUCGAAAGAACAGUGCUGUGUAUGGCGGAUGGGAAACGAUAAUUUAAGGAAACGGGCAUUUUUCUUCCUAGUACAGAUGUGAAGCAGAAACGAGUAUAUUGUUUUAAGUAAGAAGCCAAAAAAGAGAUGCAGUAUUUAUGAGAAAGAUAGUCGCGGUCAUGAUUAGCCAGGUCAUUGACUUCUCUAGCUAAAACUGUUUUUCUGUUGUUAAUGGAUAAGAUGACUCAGAAUCUACUCCGAGCCAAGCCGUUACCGGCGAACCGUUAGUGAGAAAUUGUUGCGCCAAGAAGUUGUCACAACAAAAAAUGUCUAUAUGUGGCGAGCCGAAGCUUGUGAUAAACACAAGAUUUUAUAUUGAAAAUACCUAUUACAAAGUAUCAGUAUCUAUGAAGGACUUAGGCGCUUCGAGGACUAAUUUGCUUCAAAAGCUUAAGAACUAUUCAAUGAGCCAUUGUGAACUCAAGCUGUGUAGUGGAACUUGAUGUCGUACUUUCGACAACAAACCGGAUCCUGUCAGCUUUCAACUGACUGAGGCUAAACAGCGGCCGCUGAUCGACACAAUUUGCUCCGUCGGUGCAGUCGGGGUUCUGCAUCUGUUUCGUUCGAUAGCUUCCGUUGAGAUACUUUGCCUACUAAGAUUACUGUUCAUCGAUCCGAAGGCACUGCCCGUACGAAAAUUCUGGGGGACUGUGUGUAGGAUAUCUCUUUGCUACGUCGGUUUUAAGGCCCUUGUUGUGGCUUUUUGGAGAGCUUUGUUCGGUACCGAAGCAGUUCGAAGCACUGAAGAAACUUCUCCAAAUGCUUUACAGAUGGCUGCAGUUUUGAGUUUCAUAGCACUCGAGGCGAGCGAUCGAACAACGGCUAAAGUUUUCUGGAGGAGGCCAAUUCUGUGCCGAAUAGGUUUUAGGUACAAUGAUGAAAAUUCGUGUUUUCGAAAAGUUCUACCGCCGCCGAGGGUGUGAGGAGCUAUCUGCAGGAUGAGAGCGAACGAUUUCGGGGAUAGCGGUGUUUACAAUUAGAGGUCACUGGACGAAAAUGCGGCUCGGGUAUGUUGUCGCGGGGCAGUUAACAAGCCCCAGCAAGCUUUGUUCUUCGUAUUUCCUCGAAACCUCUCUCCACCUCCGAAGGUUCUUGAUUUUCGGUAGUCGAACAACGAGUUUCCCAUAUAGUUGUUGUCUCUAGAGGUCCAGCAUAGAUAGCAAGCCGAACUUUUUUCCGAGUUUUCGACCAGGCCUGCAGGACCCCUUCUGCGGAGGGAGCCUUUUCACUAAGGUCGUUGUCGGCUGAUAGGCAGCACAUUCCCACUUCGUACCAGGGCUCCUUAGAUAUUGUAACGGAACUGACUCGAAACGAGCGGCGAAGUUAUUUGGUUUUGGGGGGAGCAAGAAGGUGACCAUGGAGGCAAUACAAACGAACUUUCGAAGGAUGCUAGGGCAGUCCCUAGGAUCCUCUAAAAGCUACAUUUCUGCCAUCGACCAGCUGGUGCUGGUUACUUGAUCCAUAAGUAAGUUCUCUGGCUGCCUCUCGCGGGUGUGGCAAUCUUCUGUAGGAACAAGAAUACACUAUAUAAUAUGGGAUGAUUAAGCUUAGAGAAACGAGUUGUUUGCUAAUGUUUGUCAUGAGAAAAGACAUGAAGCAUCACUCGUUCUACUUUGUGCCGACUUGCCUGCAUUCGACAUUUUCUAGUUUUACAUAAUGCGAAAUAAAGAAAAUUGUAUUUCACCAGCAGCUCAAUUGUUUAGCGAUGUAUAUAGCGGUCAGUCUACUGAGUUUGAAUAAAUUACGGGUAUAAAUGCUAUUGAGCUCUGUUGAAUCAUGUCGCCGUUCACUGCUUUAAUCUGUCUUGAUAAUUAUAUAAAAUCCCCACAGACAUAUGAAGCGACCGCAUGCUAUUCAUAUUAUACGCACGGUUGGCCAGCGUAUUGUAGACUUGUCUCAUAGCGUCAAUCAGCGUCCACGGCGCUAAUCUCACAGUCGCAGGAUACUGCCAUUUCGUCCACUCACCGCGUAACGACACAUGUGCUUGUUUCAUCGGUUUGCUAUUAUAUUGCAUACAUAACUAUGUCUACAGGAUGCGUGACGUUUGCCCGUCAGCUCGCCGACUGCUGCUACGCUAGCCAUAUAACUAAGCGACGUAGCGUUGUGCCUUCCGAUGUUGUGUAGCGGCGUCUGUUACUGAUUGUUGUUGGUACUGCCGGCUACGCGGCCAUGCUGUUGGCGCUUUGUGAAUGAACCCAGCCGGCGUUUGCUUAUAACUCUGACCAAUUUAAGCUAGUUGCGGUGGCGCUGCCGUCAUCGGGUUGUCCCGCGAGGCUGAGCCGUCUGCGUCGGUCCGGUCUGGUUUAAUACUCGGUUCUAUUACGGUGUGCCACAGACGAUAACGACAGCAGCCGCGAGAGUCGCGUCCACAGAACGGACAUUGGGAACGAUGCCAUCAAAAAGUGCGAUGGGCUAAGGAACUCUGAUCCUGUUUGCUGAAAUAUCUGCCACAACAGCCUGAGCUACAUGCGUGAAGCGCAUGGCAAAAGCUCUACGCCUACAAACAGGUAUAGGUCUGCCGCGGUGGCUGCGGGCCCUCGUGUCAAGCUGGUUACAGCCGAUAUUGCUAUUUCCAGUUACUCAGAAAUCUAUCUGUUUAAAAGCUGACUAGAACGCAGUCGAAUGGUCAUAACUGUACCGUAGCAUCGUUGCCAUGAGCGUUAGAUCGACAUUCAUUCAUGCCUACUUUAGGUAUACGUAGACGAGUACGGGUCGGAGACUAGGUACAGGUCCCGUCAUGGACAAUGGCGGGUGUCAGGCUGAUACCUGCCGUCGGCUAUCGGUCGGUCAGCCUACUUUCUCUGGUCACAAGGAGGCGGGGGGCGCCGAACAAAUCGAGCAAACACGGUAUAAAAGUUUCCCCGCACGUACAGCUCCAUGAGACAGGGCGUGUAGCCACUAAACCAAUCGUAUUGACUCAGUGGAGUAAAUUACUUAAUGGUUGCUUGUUAUCAAUUAGCCUCUUGCGGCUGAAGCUGAUCAUUUCAGUGACGGGAACACCAGCGACAGCUCGAGGUCAAUCGAGUAGGACAGAUCGGCCUUUAAAGUUAACGCUUGAUUGAAAACGGCCGUCACUCAGCACUGAGCGAACUUCACUCGUCUGGAAUGAUCAGUUGCUAUAGCGGUAGUGCUAGGGCUAGUUAGAGAUAUGGCAUACUUCUUGUAGGAUAAUCCAGUACUAGUAGCCAGAUUACCUAGCUGCGUAACAGCUCGGUGCUGGGGGAUGACACGCUUGUUCUUAGGAUUGUCUACAGCUGUUUCAAUGAAUAAGAAAGGACAUCAUAUCAGAGAAUAUCGCUGAAGUUGUCAGAAUGUGAAUGACACCGUAGCAACAAAAAACGAAAAAUGCAACGUUUGUUUUAACGCGAGUUGGCUAAGUCCCGAUUGUGGCUUCUGGAAAAAUAUAACCGAUUCAUAAAUUUAACGAAGUCCUAAUAUCGUUUCAAUGGUACAGACACUUCGUAGCUGGACAAACGCGUUUCCUUUUCUAUUCGAUGCUUCAUUGAGUAACCAAUCGGUUGGCCUAUGUAGUGGCGUACUGGAUAAUUGAACGACAUGAUGCUUCCAAGCAGGGCCGAGCUAUGAGGCAGAUUAAUGUCGGAAAUAGUGCUAGCGAUGUAUAGACCGUCGCGCUUGUUUGAUCUAAGUUGAAUUUACAUGAAAAAACUGUAGACUCGGCAACGCUUGCCGGUUACAGGGCUACUUGAUGUAAAGUAACACCUUAACAAAAUCGCUUAGCUCCGUUAUGGGCAUCGAUAGCUAGCGUCGUGGUAAAGCACUCCUUUUUCGAGCGCUCCUUAUAGCAGUCUAAAACCAUAUAUAAGAGACAGUGUAGAUAGAGCUUUUGCAGUACACGAUCGUAAGCUCAAUAUAGACGAUUUUGUAGGAGUCAUAUGGCCUUCGGGGAGCUUUGCGAGAUCUUUUUUCAAAGAAUUGCCAGCCGACCGCUUUAGUCAAACUGGAAAUGUCAAACGAAAAUGAGCAAAAAACUACGUUCAGAUAUCAUGGCUUGUUAACUAAGGUUGCUAAAUGCAAUAUGUAUGACAGAAAAGGAUCGAUUGCCUAGUGCAAUAUAUAUGGUAGAAAGGAGUCAAGUUUCGUCCAUCAAGUGAGUACGAAUUUAGAUGAAACACAACGCGCCGAGUUCCGCUAUAACCGCGGCAUCGUUUUACCGAGACUUGACAAACGAGAUUCUCCAGGGAAAUAAAGCAGGUGGAUAUACUCUAAAAGAACAUUAUCUGUCCUUAUUGGAUUUUAUAUUAGCACCGCGUUUCUACCCUCUAUAGAGAUUAUUAGCGUAGGCAGUUCUUGGUUCUAUCAGUUUAUUUACAUAAUAUAUUUCGUUGCUGUCUCUCUUCCCAAUAACUGGGCCACAUUGAAUACAUAGAUGCUUAGAUCACCAACAAAUCCGUAUGCACACAUAAUGUACAGAUUCACAACAACUUUUUAGCCCAGUUGGAACAAAUCCGCUUCUGCAGCUCGUUUUGUCAGUCGCUUCGUGUGGUGUGCAACAGCGUUAGCGGCCGGCCGACCAGCCGUGCCUCCCUACCUGCCGCCGGUGCGGCCUUCUUGCCCCAUCACCAAUACCGACCAUUUAUUGCAGUUUCGAUCACCAUGGUAACCAUCGCCAGCAGCAGCAGCAUGACCAUUGUGAUGUUGCGUUGCUAUCGUGGCGUAUGCUGAACUAUGCUGUGCCGCUGCUAGUCUAAUCCAGUGCAUGACGGUACUGACGGCAUGGCGGACUUCGAUGCCAGCAGUGUCUGCAGGAAAACCAUUACCGUACACAUAUGGACCUGUGCCGUUAUUGCUGUCCGUAUUUGGACUGCUCGACGUUGCCUUACUGGUCUUUGAUGAAGUUUGAGCCGCUGCGGCAUUGCAGCUCCAAGAACCCAACUAUUACAGCCAUCAUCACCGCCACAGCAGCGACGGCAAUGGGCGUUGUACGAAAACAAACGGCAGAAAAAAGGAACAAAAGACAGACGAAGUACAAUAUCGGCAACGAACUGUCGACUGGCCAACAAAGCGAUGGCACACAAAUCUCUAGCCAUAUGUAAUCUGCUUGUAACGCUAGUGGCAGCUGCAGCAGCAACUGUCUGCAAAAAUUGCUUGUUAGUUUCGUUUGUCUAAACUGCUACUGUCGUUGUUGCUAUCAGUUGGCAAUUACGCCGCUGCAGUUAAAAAAACCUAAAGUAUAUGACGCGGUGAAGCUGCUCGGAGAGCAGAGCAUUGCGGUUAGAUUUUACUUCAUGUUGUGAGGCAACGGCAGCUGUGUGUUGCAGUGUACGAACGCGUGUUAGAAUAAGCCCUGGUCCAAUGGUAACGGCACAGCCGUAGUAGCCAGGGUUCGAAGCGAUGUAAUGAAUGAUUGCAGCCGCACGUAGGUCGUAGCCUGGGCCGUGUCGUUUUCAAAGCAAAGAGAAAUUUGUCCAAAAGAACACUAGAAACUGCUACACGCGCAGCGCUAUCGGCGUUAAAAACAACGCAGAAGUACUAGAUGCGACCAGCAGGGUACCCCAAUAGCGGCGCUGUCCAGGAAGAAGUGCUUACCUCGUAGAAUCGUCCCGGAAUAGGACCAGUUACUUGCUGCUGCUGCUGCUGCUGCGCGUGUUUUGGGGUUGUGCGGGGACGACGAUAGCCGACACGAAAAAUGCAUGAGCCUUCUUGUUUUGCCGAUGGGAAGUCUGUAAACUGUAAACUAAGGAGGUAAUAAUUAUUUAUGGUCAACAUCGAAUAAUCGAGCGAACUUGCUUAAAAUCGAAUACGUCACGAAUAUUACUGUUAUAUGCAUGUAUUAAGUAUGACAAAAACAUAGCGCACGAAAACUAGGGUAGGCAUUUUUCUUUUUCAUAGAACCAUCAUGUGCCAUUACGACCUCCAUCGCUGUGUUCAGGAACACAGUUCCCUCGGCUGCCAUCCAACAGAUCAAUUAAUACAUUGCAAGUUGCUUUUCGAAAAAACGCGCCAUUGUCCCAAUUGUUAUUGCCAUCAUGUCGGAGUUUCCUGGCCGUGCACGGCCUGGUCCAUCCUAUUCCGUGUGGUCUAUUCUCAUUAACUGAAUCGCUGCCGUCCGAUGGAAGUUUCCAAAACCUUCAUUAGACGAGAAAUCUAGCCUUCGGUGAUUCCUCACUUGUACCUUUUCGUAGUAGUGAACGAUUAGGCGAAGUCUAGAUGCGACGAAACCGCCUUCUCGUGCUGUCCCUGUGACUAUACGACGUUUGUUUGUUUGUUUGUUUGUAUCCAUUAGCCUUCUACUGCGGCCUCGCCUUUGUUACGUGAAUACCGAACAAUUUGGAUCAUUAUGGCCGAGUAGGGCAGCAAAUCGAACCUGUCAUCGAAGCAGUAGUAAGAACAGCAACGUUUACGUCGUCGAGACGUUGCAUUUUACCCAUCAUAGAAUUGGCUCGCGCGCGAUCUCUCCUCGAAAACUAUAAUGUUUUGCACAGUCUUGGAGCCGUCGAAAGGAAAAUGAAAAUGUGUUCCUUUCCCUUCAGACUAGUGGACUGAAUAACAACAAUGUUAUUAUUGCGUCAGCAAUCGCGUCAUGCGUAUCGUAACACAUUUGUUCCUAAUUCUUAUGUCAUCUUCUCAGCCAAAUUGUGAGAUGGAUGCGCGGACGGAUGGACGGAUGGACUGAGCGAUGAUCGGUAAGCCGGUUUUGUCGUUACAAUCGCUUAGACGGAAGAACUGAGCACAGCAGUUUUACCUGCCCAGCCAGCAAGAGUGCCCGAACACUCUAGCUUUGCUGGAUCUGUUUAGUCCCAGAUCUGUCUGUUGAUUUCUACAGUAGUUGUUGCAUGCAGCACAGAGGCGCUUGCUCAUGCAAACUGGUUUUCACACUUGUUACUCAUCUAAAGAAGACGUUGAAGAAGAAAUACUACGGUUGACAAAUGGGCAAGCGGAGGGCGACGACGACGACACUGAUGAUGAUGGCAAUAGGCACUGCGGUAAACCAAGAAAGAUGGAAAAUUCGACCCUGAAGACCUGCACAGUAGAUGAGUUACGGUGCGCUACUGGGGUGGAAAUGCCUUUGUUUGUAUAUUCUACUGCCUGCUUUCACGACUGUUACCGUGAAACAGAGAGUCGACAAAGAGUUAACUGUACAAUACUAAGCUACGGUGUCUGGUACUUACCUUACGGACCAUUGCUGAAGUAACAGGAAGGACAUCAAUUAGGAAUGUCAAGUGACCGAUGUGGGUUAAGCCUAAUCGCAUCACCAUUGUCAAUGCUACUGCCAAAAAUAGUUUGCUAUCCUGAUGACCAAUAGUACUAGCUAACUUGAUAUACAUAUUAUUUAUAUAUAUAUAAAUUAACAGUAUUGGUAGAAAAACAUCUAUAGCGGGUAAGUGUUAUAGAUGCAAGUAGACAGAACCGAAAGUGUCGUGGAAAUAUGACGAACAAGCAUUUGUUAUUGCUGUGCGAAGACCGGCGACGAGGAAGCGCUAAACAAUAAUACUAAGCGGUACGAUGAAGUUUUGUCGAUGACAAACUAACUUAUUUUACUAUGCUUGAAGGGUUGGUUCUGAGUGGGUGUGCGUCUACGUUUACUGCGUUGUCCAUUUCGUUGUUCGAAACGGAUGAGCUUCAUCUGGCUUAGACGAAGGAGCUCUAUUUACCCCAAGGAAAAACAAGGCAUAUAGUCAAAGAUCCACUGGUAAAAUAUAUAGGCAAGGGAUUUGUCGACUUUGGUCUCUUUGGUAGGAUGUUGUCGUAAUCGGCGUGAGCUUGUUCACCGCCGCUCGUUUAGUGAAUGUAAUCGUGACGAGUGUGCACACCACGAGCGGGCUCUGAUUGUAAGGAUUGCCAGAUUGUCGAACGUUGUCACCGUAGAAGCAUUUGUAGCCAUUCAAUUUUGUGUCUGCCUACAGCAUCUAUUUGCUUGAUAACGAUCAUGAGUAAGACAGUGGCAACAGGUGUUUACUACCACUGCACGGCGCCGUACACAUGAGCAUACUCGGCUGUCGCAGCGGCAGUACACCGCCGUCAAUCACUUCCUUGUCAGGCAUUCCCACUCAGCUAUUAUCGGCUAAAUGCAUUAAAUGCGACAGCGGGAUCUGUUCGACUUCGUCGCCAUUACUGCCACCAGCGCGGGGUUACUCAGGCCAAAUUUUUCGUGCAGUGGCACAGGCAGCUUGAAUCGGACGAAGAACAGCCGAGCAAGGCUGUAGGUCAACCCACGCAAAUGGCUGCCACUAUCAGGGUAGCAGAAGUACUACUAUGACCAAAAUUAUUUCUACUUUUAUAAUGUAUUGCAAUAAUGGCGUGACUCGACAUCUUAAAGCAACAGUUGCUGCCGGUAUCGAUGUCGCUCGCAGCGACGAAGGCACUGGCAGGUGAGGCGGCUUUAGCGGCGAGUAUUUGACGAUGUCGCACCAUCGUUCUGGCUUCAACUGUGCGCGAAUGAGAGCUAACCGACGGAAAAAUGAAGGGAAGGAACCGCUCGCGCUAUAUGUCUGCUGCCGCUGGAAAGCUUGUGGCGCGGCAUCGGUAGUCUCACGGAACGUCGGUUCAUUCACGUGGCGAAGGGCCGCAGUUACAGUUGCACAUAAAUAUUGUAGUCGUCUAAUAGAUACGUAGUUUGAGACAGCACGGCAAGACGUGUUUUGUUAUCAGCACGGGUGUGUUUAUUACCCGUUACGUUUACGGAGCAGUUUGUCGCGACCUGUGCAGUCUGAUUUGUAUUCUUCUGAUUGUGUGUGAUUGCGUAUUGAUGAUAAAACGGACUGUGUAAGUAAAGACAGUGGUCAAAAUAAUCGCAGUAGAAAUCAUACGGCAAUAAUUGAUAACAACAUUUGCAACACUGUUAUAGAAGUACUCGUAGAGGGGUGGUUGUGAUAAUGGUAACGAUGGCCAUCUGCUAUGCGACAACUGCUAUUGUUGCAGCUGUGGAAGACGUAGGCAGGAGCCUUCUUGUUCGAGGCCAAUCGUACCGUCUGUUCGCUUAGUGAGAUUACUCUUAUUGAGGCUGGUCGAAAUCUGGAACACUGCGUAGCAAGCGCGCUGAUCUCUAACUCGUCCUGCUGCAGCAGCGGUAGCAUGAGAGUAGUUACAAUGGCCUUUUGUCCAUUGGCUGUUCAUCGUAGUCAAUGCUGUAUGCAAUUGCCGUUUGAAUGAACGGCAAACACAAGGCUAGUUAGUUACUAGCUGUAACAACUGUAGCAGUAAGAGUUUUCGGUGCCGUCAUUUCUCGAAGCUCCUUCGGUCUAUCCGACUUUCCUUUAGCCUCUUCCUCGUAGCGUCAGCUUAUUAUUGUGUUCACAGCCGUCAACUGCUGCAAUUCAAAAACAGCAGUUAGUUAUACAGAGUUCAUGCAUUUCGUCUGUUGCCCGCUUACGCGAUUUCCAUUAUAGGGUAAGUAAAUGCACAAUGGAAGGACAGCCUCGGUAAUGGCGACAUAUUUGAUAGGAAAGAACGAAGGCAGCAGAAGCAGCAGCAGCAGCAACAGCAGCAGCAGCAGCAGCAGCGGCGGCGGCGGCGGCGCCGUUAACGAAGUCAGGUUGUCACCUUUACUGCGCAUAACGUCGCAACUGCUUAGGUCUAUUAUAACAGCAUUACAAGAAGCCCUGCAGCACGGCAACGACACCAGCAGCAUUCGCUUCGCCGGCGGCUAAUGCGUCGGAGUCGUAACGAACGCUGCUGCUGCCACUACUGCUGCUGUUUUAUUACGUGGGAGGUGGGUGACGCCAGAGAUUGGCCCCGAACCAAAGCGGUACUGGCGGCGGCGGCGGCGGCGGCGGCAGCAGCAGCAGCAGCAGUAGUAGUUUUAACGCUGGAGGAGAAACAGAAGUCAGCGUAGCAACGCAACCUAUGGAAGUUUCGCUGCCGCAGUGGGCCGUUGUGCGGUUACUUUUAUGGCGCUUCGUGCCAUGCGCGUUUUCUGCCACAGUCGUCGAAUUCACUACUGACUGGGCAGCCAGUGGCGUCUCGACGACUGAUUAUGGCCGUUGCUGCGGACGCCGCUGUAGCAACGAUUCCGUGGCAGUGGCGACUAUCGUUGGCCAGCAGUUGUUUCUUCAGAUGUCUCCUAAGUGACCAUCCCGGCAAAUAGCAGAUGGAGAGGUAGGCAGACGACAGGCGCUGGUUACCUCACCGAUGCUCGAAACUUCAUAUUUCAUUGCAAGGCAAAACGCCAGCAGCAAUCGUGAGUCGACAAAAUCAGCUUUGUCCGAAACGCCUGCUCGGACACUAACCAAAAGAAUAUAAAUGAAAAACAUAUAGUUAAAUCGAUACCUGCAUAAGAGGAACUCAGGUAGAAAACCCAGGUAAAAAAAACCUGCCGUAUUGACAGUAGGUGUUAACAUAAAGGCGAAAGGUAACAACCGGUUUUUGUCGUUCGACGUGGCAUGGCGAACUGUUCUUUUAGGGGAAAGUAACAAGAGAAUAAUUAUAUUGAUACGACGAAAUAUGAAAAAAUAGUAAAGUCAAGAAGUGAGUGUAGGAAAUUGAUGAAGGUGACGAUGAUAAGGCAGGGUGAAGAUGGUCAAACGUAACAAAUAAUAGGGUAAGUUUAUUGAUGUGGUUGCGUGCAUUUGUCGUUGGGGGGACCUGCUUUGGUAGCGCUAGACGCUAGCUACCGAUCGAUUAUUGUUGGCGAGUCGUCUGAAGUCAAUAAACGAACCGAACAGUAUAUAUGAUUGAAUUAGCUGAUGUGAUCUACGCGAUGGAUGUUGCCUUCGGGAAGCGUGCUAUGUGAAAACAAACGCACUUCUGGCAGAGAUCACACGGGACACAAAGGACUUUUGGCAAAAGGCAAAGGACUUUUGACAAAGGGGCGGACCAAACAAGUGCCAGUAGAUUUUUUAAUACUAUUAUAAGGAUAUGUGCGUCUUUGCGCGAACAAUAUACGCUUUAUGGAAGCGUUAUGAUCACUUAUUGUUAUCGUUGUUUCUGCUGCUUAGAUCCUACUUUUCAUUGUCUGUGCCUAUUAACAGUCUAUCGUCCUGUGGAAAAGUAGAAGUAAGUGGUGCACAAGAAUCUAUCUUCUUCCUGCCCUCCAAUGGCACCGUUGGCCGCAGCAGAUUCGUUUUGUUUGCAAGGAUCCCGUUUGCGCCCACAUUACCUAUCUAGAGGUGCCUCUGUUUUUCUAAAGUAAACGUUAUUGAAGGCGCAACAAACACAGUGGUACCGUCGGUAUUUUUCUAAAGCGAUCACGCACGUUGACGCUACACUCGUCUAACCUUAACCAUCGAAGUUGAUGGGACUCGUACGUCUCUCGCAUCGUCCCAAGACUUCUUCGUGGAUAGUAUUGUAGCUACGUCUAGCAUGAUUAUUGUACAAAAAAAAAGCUAUAGAACGCAAGUAAGAGACCAGAUCGUGGCACAAUAGCGAUUUUUCACAGCCAUUGUAGCCGCUGUUCCUCCGAAAUGGGGUGGACUCCUCGACUCCACAGCGGGGUGCUUGCUGCCUCUGUCACCGAAAGACGUCUGCUAUUUGGGUGGGUCAGGCUCCUAUGGCCAUGCGAAUAUAGUUCAGGCACGUACCGCCAGUUCUCGUAACAGCAUUUACUGUUACAGUACCACUCUGUGCUGAUGCGGCCGUUUAUACAGGCACAAUCACUCAGUUUCACACAUACAUCCAUAGCAAGCAGCACAGUGCCAUGACCUGUGUGAGCCUAUGGUACAGAGCUAAGAGAAAUGGAUGGAAUUAACCUAUGGCGGAUGGGCAGACGGGCACCUUUUCUUCCCGCGCGUUGGUCCAGUUUAUGUCGCUCCCCUAUGAUAAUAAUAAUAAUAUAAUCGAAGCCGUUGCCUCUGCAACCGUUUCAGCUCCGGCUGGGAUAUGGUGCUCCUAUUUGUUGAAGGAGAUAGCGAGCGCAAGUAGCUCAUCAAACAGAUUUACACGAUGGUAAAGGUUCACGACUGCUGCGUUGUUCUAUACCGUGACUAGCAGUACUUCGUUUCGCUGUCUCAAAGGAGUGCGGCAAAAUUAUCUCGCAGUGAACUCUGUUGGCGACAAUAGAAGCAUAUUACCGUUAUGUUGGCUAUUAGAUGACAAACGAACAAGCGACAUAAGUUUAAAUAAAAAUAACGACAAAGGAGGGAAAUAAUACUACGUGCGUCGGUUUGUUUUUUUUUUCUGGUGUGAUUUUUUAUCGUAUUCGACGCUACCUGCUCUGACUUGAUACGUGUAUAUCAGUCUCAGUCUAUGAACAGGUUUUGUUUUAAGGGCAUCCAAUACCAUGGUACAUAUUAUCCGACCGAGCAUUGGCCGAUUGUAUUUACGCUAAUCGAACUAUAGAUAAUUAAUAACAAUUUCGCAGUUGAUCGAUUUCUCCUGUAUCUACGCUAUAUCACUGACCGAAAGUGGACGUUUUUGCUUUUUCUUCAACGAACUCCGAAAAGUUAACGCAUAAUUAAUAACAACGUCGUCUGGUCGCUUGGCCGUUCCAAUUCGUUAUAUAUACGGAUGCUCGCUUUCAGUGGUGUUGUCUUUGGCAGUGGUAACCAGCUCCUAUUAUUACCACAACUGGUGUUUUUUUUGCCUAUAUGCGAAGGAUCUUAGUUGCUCGGGAUGGUCGGGUAGUUCCGAACUGAUGUCGGGCCAGCGGGAACAGAAGUCGACUGUUUCCGGCCCCUCCAUUUCUUUUCAUCAACCCUCGGUCGGUUAUCCCGUCCUGACAGAGACACAGCCGUCACUGGAUACCCCCCUGACACUAAGGAUCUGCUACGAUGGUUGACCGUAGUCAUAUGUUUGUAGGUGCUUUUUUAGAUAAAAUGCACCAGAGAGCCGUUUCUGUGCAUUGCCGUUUGUGGGUUCGAUUCUGUCGUUUGCCAUUAAUUGAUGAUAGGAUAUUAAAGGCUAGGAUGGCUGGUAAUUGUACCUUACGGAUUUGCACACUUGUAUUUCGUGCGUACUCUGCACAGUUCUAUAAAGCGUUGUUGUAUAUAGGUAUAUACGUGUAUUUUCGGUAUCACCUCGAUUUAGGGUCAGCUCAUAAUGAACGAUGAAAAAUUAUUUAGGCAGCAACCGUUUACAUACAACGCUACAGUGUUUAAUUGGUUAGUUAAAGUUUUUCUGUGGGAGUCACCUUAGCAUUAUCGUAAAUUCUUGACUAUAAGUUGAAAAUGGCUUAUCGAGGCUUAUCGGAGGGACGCAUGGACAAGAUAAUUUGCGAGUCGAUCUUUGUUGUUGUUUAUUUCGAAGACUUUUUCUUAGGCGUAAACACGUACAAACUCAUGUCACAGGUACGCGUCUUUUUAACAGAGCGUAAACGCGGUAGAAGCGACGAUAGCAUCCUAUGCUGAAUGAAUUGGCCCGACAAGAUCUACCAUUACAGGGAUCAGUCAGUGGUUUUCGACAGGUACGCAGGCCAUAGUAUGCCGACACAAUCUACGACAGCCGCCAAGGCUAUUGUCGCCCCUUGCCACUGCUGUGAUUUUUAUCCUCGCUCUAUCACCUAAACGACGUCUACUUAUGGCGACAGUAGAAUGGACUAUUUGAUAGAGUAAAAACACAGCGAAGCUACAGCGGCCAAGAAACUACCGCAGUCUCUACAGUUACCGAAUUUGCCCUGCCUCUCUCCCUCACUUCCUGCCGUAUUUUUUUUUGUUUUCUAAUCGUGGUCGCAGAUCUACCGGGGCAAGAAACUCUAUAACAUCGGGCCGGUUAUCGUAGUCUCAGGUCGUCAUGUAGCUUCACGACGUUUGAAACUGUCAGAGAGUCGCGCAUCGUUUAGCCCUAUAAGAAAAAUUAGCUCACUGGUGCACGCGUAACGCAAGCUGGUGCAUUGUAGUAAAAUGAUUUGUUCAAUCCACGGACGAAGAGUGCUUCUCGGGCGUCGUGGUGACUGAGCAUGCCACCGUGAACGUUAUAUUAUGGCGCAUUUAUGUAAACUCUCGACUGUAAAUUAAGAUACUGGUCUUUUAUAGUGGUGAAUUUUCAAUGACACACUACAUAGACGCCGGUGUAUGGUGAUAAUUCCUAGCUUGACAUUGAUUGCGAUACCUGAUCUAUCAGCAGCUUCAUCUAACAUCUAAAUUCCAUUUACCAGUAGUCGAGCCAACAAUUACCUAUUCAAACCAAGACUGCCACUGCUUCUGAUGGUGGAGAUUAAAUAUUUCGGCGGUUCGUGCCGGUACAGAGCAAAGUUGGUAAGUUAAUCCGGUAGUAGCGUGUUUUAAGUGCGGUUCGGUCUAUGACGCUUUACAGGACGAAGUCAAAAAGGGGCCUUCGAGCCAACGCCUAUGUUGUGCUAAAUCCUAGUAAAACCAUAGGUUUUAGGGUAUUUUUUUGCUAAUGCCGCCCUGGAAGCGGACAACUUGGUGCCGUGGAUUCAGUGCAUAGUUAUGCCACUUUCGAAAAACAAACGCUCCUGUUUGGGUCCGAUGUAUUUGAUCAUUUGAGUUCGUCGGGGCUAGCUUAUCCAAAUCAACUUUUAACCCUUCAUUACCUGUAUACCCCAUGUAGGCAGAAUGUAUAUAUAUAGCAGGCUGACUGUUACAUCAUAAUAGGUAUUCCUUCAGUAGUUAAUACCGGUGGACGCGUUUAAUGCGAGGAGACGAUUCGGGUUAAUUGGGUAUUUGCGCACUGCAGAGGCACAAUCUUUAAAUUGCGCGCUUUCAGGUUUUCGUCGGACUUCUUUUUUUUCUUUUUUUGCCAGAAGCUUGACAGUUUUUGUUCGGGUCUUUUUUCUCAGCUUACGACGCGAUGCUCGGAUCGAGCUAGCCUUUCAGGAGCACGCUACGGUAAGUUUACUUCGUCUUACAUAGGUGUUACGAUAUUUACACUGUAGUAGUAUACAUUUCACUGCCAAAAUAAUUAAAUCACUCCUAUGUAAUCAAAAGUAGUUCUUAGCAUUGUUUAGCAGGAGGCCUCUGAAACUCCCCUGUUUGUGUGAAUAUACACCUUACCCUAAUGUCUAACUUUUUUUUUACUGAUUUUACUGGUCAUUACUGGUCUCUCAGUUGCCCCGUAAUCGAUAUAUGAAACACGCCAUGGAGACGCCAGCCAUAUCCACCAGCCAAUUUUUCCACUUCGUAGAACCGCAUUUCUCUCGAACGUUACGUUGUGUUUCAGUGUCAACGUUACGUAGUGAGAUGGUGCUCUCCUUGGCGGUUUACUUAGAAAUUUACUAUUCAGUGUAUUUUUCUGACGACCAAAUAUCGUCAGCCACUGAAUUAACGAAGUGAAUUUUGCAUCACAUAGUAAACGGUGCAACAAUUCGAUAAUGUACAGGGUGCCUUUGUCGAAGAAUAUUUUUAUUAUGGAUUCUUUUCUGCUAUAUGAUCUCGUCCUCGCAGACAAAUCUCAUCCGAUAACUCGUUGGAGAGUAGUAGCCAUACUUUCGCGUGAUAAGAAUCACCGAGAAUGUUAACCCAAGCGGCUUGCUACAACCCACCCCGUAAUUCAUGUUUUUCUAUAAAACAGUGUAAGAUUUUUUUUGUUUCGACUAAAGUGUCAGGUGAGGUUGUCGAGCUCACUCGGCCACGAAAUUUAUGAGAGUUCAGUGGCUGAGUCACGCGUCGUAUUAAGGAUCGUUACACAUGUAUAUUGUACGCUUUCGCAAAUAUAUGGUCGUACGCUGACUGUGACAGCAGCGCUAACUGCGCGGUUUCCCAUUGGAAUCUUUCAACUGACCUAAAUUCUAUUUACAGGUGGUCCUGAUUAUGUACAAGCUUCACAUCGUCACCUCGGGACUAUCAACGCGGAAAAUUCGAAAAGUGUUUUACUAUAUCUUCGAACAAUAAUUUCAUCGAGUAGUGCUUUUGGGCGCGUGUUUUCAACAAUGAAUUUUUGCCAAGGACACUCGUUUUCCGGCGAUGUCGUACUCAUUUUUUGUAUCGUUAUUGACCGCCGUAAAGAAGUCGUUAAUAAUAACUUUGAUUCCGAUGAUCAUUAAGUUGUUUUGUAAUAAACAGCUACCUUAUGGAAUCAAAUACCGCAAGCAAAGGUUGGUCGUGUCUAGAUUGUACUGUACUAUAGCUUAUACACGGAUUCGUAAUAUCUAUAUUUAUAUGUAAAUGGCAACAUACGUUCUUUCACGUUCGAUUUUUUGUUUCCUUUUGUCUCUGUUGCCAGUGCGGUAUAUUUAGUAUGUUUCGUUGCUUUUACGUUGAUUUGCAGGCGACUUAAUGAGCUCGCGAAUUAGCCGGGUCCUAGAAGUCCUGCGACGGAGAAUUGUUGCACGCAUAAAAUCCGCGAGCCUUAUAGGAUCACCACAGUCGACGUGCUGCGAUCAGCACCGAACUGUCAUGAGACGACGACAUAAUUAAAAACGUAGAAGGAACAGAAGAGAAACUCUCGAUGUUUGUCGGGUUCAAAUCUUGCACCGACUUCAUGGUGAUUUUUGUAUAGUAUCCUUGUACAUUGUCCGUGUAGACGUAAUAAUAUCUGUAACGGUGGUUUUUUUCAGGCACGAAGCUUUGUGGCUAUCUGAGCAUAGAGCACUCGUUCAAGAUAUCAUUGUUUUAUUGCUCUCGAUGUGCUAGGGGGGAUGAACCGAGGUUACGAUGAGGUGAUUCGGUGACGUGUUCAGAAGGCAACUAGCAAAUGUGUGUUUCGAAAAGGCGUUCUUGUUUUUAUUCUGUCAUACGCAUUUUUGGGUGGCAUUUUAACUGAACACUUCGAACACGAUUUGAUUUCUUUCGCCUUUGGCAGCUCAAGUUACGUCACUGGAGCUCUCGUAUAUAAAGGCGCUUCGAGCGAGAUCAAUUCCACGGCCGGUGACGGGUUUGAUUCUGUCCAUUUGGUGCUGCUCGAUAACUUAGUCGCCAUCGUUACGAUGUAUCGUGGAAAGUGCUAAAGCGUAACGCGUAUAUUGUACGGUCGUUGUCUGACGAUUUCCGUUUGCUUAGUAUAUUUUACAACGGAGUCGCAGACGUCAAUAAAUACAUGAGUGGUCUACUGCUAUCCUAUAUUUCUGUAUAUUGUCUGCAUAUUGAGAAAUGCUCCUUGUCUCUCUUAGUAGAACUAAGAGAGACAAGGAGCAUUUAUCUUAUAGAGGAUACUUUACCAAACAUAAUUCGGAGCAUCUUUCUCAGUCUCCCUUUUUGAAAAAUGACAUGAUCAAUCUUAUAUAAACAGGGCUAGGUGGUGUAUCAGAUACCUCUAUUCCAGCAUUUUCCGUAAUAAUCGAAAGUUCUAAACAUAUCUAUAUGAUAUAUAUAUAUAUAUUCUACAUAUAUAUAUAUAUAUAUAUAUAUGACAAAUAAAAAAUAUAGGGAUGUUGUAGAUAAUAAAGAAAAAAGAACGGUGUUUUUAUUCUAAUUACAUGAAAAUUCCUGGUCAUUUUUCCGAAGCGGCCGGAUAACACAGCUUCACUUCAUGGCAAAUUCUGGGCACGUUAGCUUUUUUGAUCAAUCUGUUAAUGACAAUUGUGUAUCAGCAGUACGAGGAUAGCUAGCAGACAAAAUAAUCUUCUACGAUACUUGAAGUUGCCCUUGGAUAGCCAACUUGUGUGUCAUCGGCCGCUUUGGGCAUUACUUAUCGGAGACAUGCGCCAUCGAUAGUAGGUCUUGUUACUAAAAUACAUCAAGCAGUUACGCUACAGUAUUUCCCUAGUUUAUUUCAGUAUGUUGACAACCAUCUAUUAGCUUUGCUUAUAUACGAUGAUAUAGCAGAGUAAUCUGAAUUCUAUCGAGACGAAAGAUCCUUCAGAGUGGAUCUCUAUGACUUGCUUUAUCGGCUGUUCACACACUGACACUUGAUGAGAUGACUUCCCAUGAACAAUGACCAACUGCUGGCGUCUGUCGUAAAUAGACGUACUUUGCUAUCGUCGUCAAGCGUCAAACACAAUUAAGCACUCGCGGUCUAGGGUUUAGCGAAGGCUUUCGUAAAGCCUUAACUGAAAGCUACGUGACAAACUUAUCGUAGAUGGUCAAUAAUGGCCCAUAAAAUGGGUUCAUAGGAAAAUCUAGGAUCAAUGUUUUGGAUGUUGUGCAGUGAUAAUAAUUGCUAGUUAAUGCUGUGGUGAAAUCGAGCGUUCAACUUAACUAACGUAGCUAUCUCGUUUCAGAUAUUCGAUACUGUGUGCCCUACCCAGCAUGAAAUGCCCUUGGUGUAUCAUAUGGAACACUGACGAUGCACGGUCUGGGAUUAGGUACAUAUUGAGUCGUGAUUAGGACACUUUCCGCCCCACCUUAUUUACUCACUAGCCAUAUCCAGACCUCCGCACAUGUCAUAACUAGCUUCCUCCCAACCCCCGUGUGUAUUACCCUAGCGCGAAGUUGAUAAUGUUCUGUAAGCCCAGAGCCCACAAUAUUACAGCAUAUCUAAUAGACAUGUUUUAAGCAAAGACUGAUUUGUUCGUAGUGAUCACAGCAUUUCCAUCGUAAAAGAUGCUAUCAACAGAUUCGAUGAUGAAGAGAGCGGUCCGUUGAUUGACAGAAGUAUUACCUACAUAUAUAUACAUACAUAUAUGUACACGUUGAGACAAACGUGUGCGUGGUAAUGAUCACCGAAUGUGUUUAGAGAUCAAUAUAAUAACACACAAUACCAGCAUAAUAAUAAUGAUAAUAAAUCAUAAAAAUGUUUAAUAAACCCUACCCGUGUUCCGUAAGCUUGUACAAACAAAGUGUUUAUUUCACGAGACAAUUUUUCGCCGUCUCGCCGAGACUGCUUUGCUCAGUGAAGAAACAAUUAUUAACACAACAAUGAUCAAUAGCAAAAUUUGCAGAUUGCUUUUUGCCUGCACCGUAACCCCAACAGCGUUAACCAAUCAUCCAACCUAUACAGCUAAUGCGACCUCUCAACUGUUAAUCAUAGUGCUGGCGAGAUAUGUGGAUAAAACUAAAAAAAAUCGGCCGAUCGAACGUGGUCCUGAAAUGAUGCAUUGCGACAUGGUCCAACAAGCACGGCUAACUGCGCUAUGAAGAUACCUAACCGCAAAGCAACUAAAAUAAUCGACGGUGCUCGUGGUGGUGGGGGAGAAAAGUUAUCGGCUGAUGUCUGCAAGGGAAAAAUAUUCCUAUCUAUUUUUUCAAAAAAGUCGCAAGCGUCUGCUAGUUUACUGCUGCAUCUCUGACGCCUUCACUGAAAAGGCCAAGAGAUCUUUUUUCCGGCCAAGAGAAGGCUUUUUUAGAGUCAACUUGUUUAAACAGAGAGAGCUUCUAUAGUACGUGCGGGCGGGGUCGAUUGUCAGCUUGAAUUGAUGUGAGCGCACGGCACAGAAAGUAACGGAUCUAACCAAGAAGGUGUUGCCUGAAAUCCUUCUAUCCGUACCGUACUACGCAAGACGUGGCUGAAACUUCUUCUUCUUCUUCUUCUUCUGCUGCUGCUGCUGCUGCUGCUGCCGCUACUGCUACUACUAUACAACCGAACGAAAGAGGUCCCUUUACCGUAAGUAGUAGUUCCUAGUAGCCCUUUGUCGCUGUAGAUGGUCUAUUGAUAGUCUGUUAGUGAGAACAUAGGGUUGGUUGCUAUUUGCCGAACGCCCAUGUAAGCGUUACUCAGCUCCUUUGUUCACGUACUUUGGUGAUGCUAGUUGAUUUACAUUAGUAUCCCAUACGGCACAAACAGCAAAAAAGGGAACUCACAUGCAUGAUUAGUUGUUGAUUUUUAUUAAAAUACCGAAUCUAUUUAAAAGUUUCGUGGCGGACCAUCUUAUUUCCUAUUUAUUAUUAUAAGCUCUGUACUAAGGGCCGCAACGGAAUCCAGAGCUACGAUGGACGCUGGAGCAUUUUGUAAUUGGAAGAUUCGCGUAUUACAAGAAUUUGAAAUUCAACAACUGAGAGAAUCUACGAUCAUACAUUUAGGUAUGAAAGGAAGCAUACGCUUGCCCCGUGGAUAGGCGUAGUGGCAGUGCUAAAUAGUACACUCCGCGGUGUGUUCUUCCAACGGUCCAAUUGGAUCAGUGUUUCGUAAACUCGACUCUUCCAAACAACAAAGAAACGGCGAAAUAUUUAUAUCGGGUCUUUUUUAACGUUACUGUUAUCUAAUGUUUUCAGAUUCCGAAGCACUUCUCCGAUUGAUCCUGCGCAACAAUGAGCUGACAGCGACCCCAUUGGCUGCAGCGGCUGCGGCCGCCUUAAUGGCGAAUCAGGCCGCCGCCGCUGCUGCCGUUAGUAGUGGAUCCGAUGGCAGUCCCCAGUCGACAAAUCCUUUAAGCGCACUUGCCGGCCUGUCUGGUCUUACAGGACACCACCAUCUAUCCUCGCUGGCCAGCCAACUUUCGUCCAAUAGUGACCAUCUGUCGUCUUCGAAUUCCGCUCUAUCCCACGACCUCCCUAUGGACUUGCACAAACCCUCAACUUCGACGACUCCGCCGUGCUCGUCAGCGACUGGUUCCUCGCCCUCGUCAGUCGCGUCCUCAGUGACGUCCGCCGCGGCGGCUGCAUCGCUGGCGUUGCAGUCGCUCAGCGCUAAAUUUCCACUUUUAGCAGCCCGUUCCCAAUCACCAUCGUCGGCCAGUGUUCAACGAUCAGCAAGGCAAUACACAAUGAGCGCUUUUCCCGGCACGUCGACAUCUCGCGUUACUACAGCUGGCUCCGAACAGAUUCAGGUACAUCGUCAGGCUGAUGGUAGCCUGGCGUACAGCUGCGACUUCUGCGGGUUCAUGUCGAAUAACCGGCACACAAUUCUUCGCCAUCGGCGGACACACACCGGUGAACGCCCAUACGCUUGCACUCUCUGUAGCUAUAAGGCAAUUCAGAUGUGGAAUCUUGAGCAGCACAUUAAACGGAGGCACCCUCACGCAGCGCCACCGUCAGGAAUGAAAAGUCGGCGUGAAGCUCACGCCGAAGGUAACGAAACGCCCCCACCUCCAUCUCUGACACGGCAGCAUCAAAGCAUGGCUGCGGCCUUGUUCGGGGCGCUUCCACCUCCGCCAUUAGAGGUAGAGAAAUUAGUUAGAUGGAGGAAAGUACUGACGAUGCCCAUGAUUAUCAAAAGCGCAGACGAAGGAAUUCUACUAACAAUCGUUUCAGGUCAUCGCCCGAAUGCUGGAACCUCGUAUGAAGCUGUUCGGCAACGGAGUAUCAGAGAACUUGAUGAUGCAAAUGGCCGCAUUCCUGUUGACGACGAAACGAGGGCCGAUAAACAUUUCAAAAAGCUGGGCAACCUCGAACGUUUUCCGUUAUUGGAUCUUUGCGAGAUUCAACUUCAACAAUUACAUCACCACGAACAGGUCCAGCAUCAGCAGGGGUCGUCGUCGCCGCACCAACAUCGUCAAAGACAACAACAACAACAACAACAACCUUGUCCGCCUUCAGGAUUCGCUUCGUGUAGUCUGGAGGCGGAGCAGGCUUCCGAGAUAGACGAAGCACAACACAACAGUACACUCAUUCUUAGCACCUCAGGCAAUUGCGGCAACCAUCUACUAGACGGCGCUCUUGCUAAUGAUGAAGUGCAACAUCAACGUCUUUGUGCCAAUCUAGCGGCGUCUUCGAUACCAGCAUCUUCAAUGGGGUCAAUACCUGCAGCCAGCGGUAAUCUAGAAUUUCGCAUCGGUGAAAAGAUUCUUGUGGCUGGAUCAACGGGCUUUAGCCUUACAAGUGUGAAUGCUGGAAAUAUUCCCGUAACAAGCGGUGGAAUGUCUGAAGAGGUAUCAUGUACCGUGUGCGGGAAACCUUUUCAACAUGUAGACAAUCUCCGACAACAUAUGAAUGCACAUCUUGGAGUAAAGCCAUAUUCAUGCCGACGCUGUCCCUUCAAGACAACUCAUCGUGUUUACCUUUGGCGACACGAACGCCAGCACAACGCUGCUGGUGAAAGUGGCCGAGGCCUUAUUUCAUGCGCGGUUUGUAGCACAAUUUUCCUCUCCGACUAUUCGAGAGCGCUCCACCAGCGCCGGUGUCAGGGAGGGCCUUCCGGCUCUGACAGAAAAAGGCCACACGAUCUCGGUGAACCUAGCGGACGAAGCCACAAUAAGGAGACCUGAAUGAUGAAACUGCAAAUAGCUUUACACCUAAUAUAUAUAUAUAUAUAUAUUAUGAUCUCGAACCUGUCAAUACUUCCUCCACCUUUGAGUUAUUCUCUGAGCUGAUUGCUGUUUAAAAAGGAAACGAAUUAUGCCCUUAAGUACUCGUGACAGACAAGAAACGUCCAAAUAGUUCCACAUAAACUUACCUGGAUUGAAAAUCUAUCACAUAAAUGUAUUACAGCAGGGGAUAUAGAUGUGAUAGGUUCAGUCCAAAGCUUAAUUAAGCAGCUGAUUAUUUGCAGGACUUGUUGUUUGUGGGCGAGAGUGAAAUUACAACGACUGCCAAACUGGAAACCCUUGUAAUUUAGUAGUUCCGGUUUAAUCUAAUUUUAAUGGAUAGAUGUUUUGCUUAUUUAAUCAUGAACGCUUUCUUCAUAUAUCGAUGGUCAAUACUUUACACCGGUGGGCAAAACCGCAGAACUACGCAAUGUACAGAGACAUUAGAUACAAAGACAAGUAGCGAGAUCUAGUCGUUCUAUUUUCUCCCUAAGGAGAAGACAUGUCAAUCCCCCAUGAUCACUAAAGGGAAAAAGUUCCUGCUAAUCGAGUUUUAUAUAUAUACCGAGUGCAUUAUCUGAGCAGAUGUGUGAUAUUUCGAACUAGCUGGAACAAAUAGCAACAAGGAUCACUAAAAACAAAAAAUGCUUUAUAAGAAGCAGGCGCCAUCUUGGUUGGUCAAUGCUUACUAAAUAAGCUAUCGAACCCUAGUCAUUUGACUACGUGACGAGUAGGCACUAUAUCAUGUGUUUGGGUAACACUGCAUUGAACUGUGGGGUAUUUCUAUAAAUCGAUGAUGCUCAUCAUUAGCUGCGAUUAUUGAAGUACACGGGGGGUUGUCGUAUAUUGUCGAAAGCGAACAGCCGACGAAAUUGGUGUAACUUCAAAGAGGGGCCAUAAGAUAGCACUAAGUCCUAUUCAACUGUAAUGCGUAGCGAAGGCACAUAAUUCAUUUUGUGUUUAAGAUCUAGCUAUGAUGAUAUAUUCGUGAAUAAACAAACGGUAAUCUUCUCACGAUGGUGAACAUUAUUCAAAGAGCGCGCUUGUAACACCACAUUGCUAACAGCCUCUUCUGGUGAAUUUAGUAGUGUAGGCAUAAAAUUAAAAGCUUUGAGCAAAAAAUCAGAAGGCAAGGGGCGAAAAAAAUUAAAACAGAGAACCGAAGGUAGAUUGUAUUUGUGUAUGGUGAAAGAUUUCAUCCGAUUGGAAUAAAGGCGCCAUAUUUCUAGUCCAAUGGUGGUCUUAUGGUCAUAAAGGCAUAAACAUUUCAUUGCG